AUGCUUCACGAAGAUUUCAACUGCCUCUUUGUUCUGCCGCGCCUUUGGCAGCCGGCGCUGGCCCACUCUGUCAAGUGCAACAUGUUGGACAGUGUUCAGUACAUCAUUGAUAACUUACCGGCACUAGAUUUAGAUAAAUGGGGAUACCGCAUGUUCCUCCACAAUACUGAAGGUCCUAAUUCACUCAACACUUUGUUCACCCAAUGCGCCAAAGAUGGAAACAUCGCCAUUUUCCAGGAGCUCGCCAAGUCAUCAGUUGGCGCCGAGUACCUCAAGACCAUGCCCAUGCGCUAUGUCAUCAGUGAGGCGAUCGACCACGGUCACGAGGCAUUCCUAAAGCACCUCUACCAACAUCAUGUUGGGAAUGGUACCAUCAUGAAGACUUGGGAGGACAUAAUACCAAACUGUUUUAUUAAGCCAGAGUUCAAACUUCGUGUGACCCCUUUGGCAGCUCUACGGAGCGGUGACACUGUGUGCGUAGAGAAACUCAUUCAUUCUAUUGAUGGAUUGGAUUCAGAGACGUGUUGCCGCAUAUCAAAUUCGAUGGCAACAUUCAUCGUCAGUCCGCGAAUAUUGCCAUUCACAUUCCACUACUACAACAACACCCUGUUGAACCUGAUCAAAGCUGUGGGCCAGCCAGGCAGCAACAUUACCUUGGACAUGGUAUGCCAGUUCGUAGUCAACUGCAGACCCAUUGAUCCAGAAGAAAAUGUCAAUGAGGCCAUGAGAUGCGCCGCUGGCCACUCGGCCGAAUUGAUGCGACUCCUGCGCUCUCACUACAAUGCUAAGCUCGAUAAUCGAUGUCUAGCACAAUCGAUGGAAAAGGGAUGCCGCGAGACAAUGGUUUCCUUUUCGAACAACUGA